AUGGAAAAUGCUCCGGGGAAUCUCAAAUUACUAGCUCCUUGCAUUCAAAAAGAUCUUGUGAGUGCAUGUGCCCUUGAAACACUUGAUUCUAUCAUGGAUGGUAUAAAAGAUAGAUUCUUUUCAAUAUUGAUGGAUGAAGCACGCGAUGUGUCGGUGAAAGAGCAAAUGGCUAUGGUGUUGCAUUAUGUGGAUGACAAGGGGCAUGUAAUUGAAAGAUUUGUGGGCAUCCAACAUGUUACUGACACUACUUCAAGUUCACUAAAGGAUGCUAUUGACACAUUCUUUUCUCACAACGGUUUGAGCCUUUCCAAGCUAUGGGGACAAAGUUAUGAUGGUGCUAGUAAUAUGAGAGGUGAUUUGAAUGGCCUUAAAACAAAGAUAUUGAGAGAACAACCUUGUGCAUAUUAUGUUCAUUGCUUUGUUCAUCAACUUCAACUAGCUCUUGUUGCCGUGGCAAAGAAAAAUAUAGACAUUGCCUCUUUUUUUGCAACAGCUAAUAGUAUGGUUAAUCAUGUUGGAGCAUCUUGUAAGCGGCGUGAUUUACUUAGAGGGCAACUCCAAGAAGAGCUUGUGAUAGCAUUUGAAAAUGAUUGUCUUAUAACGGGGCGAGGCUUAAAUCAAGAAAUAAGUCUCAAACGUGCCGGUGACACACGAUGGAACUCACACUAUGGUACCUUGAUUAGCAUCAUAUCUAUGUUUUCAUCAGUGAUUCAUGUGCUUCAAAUGGUUAUUGAUGAUAAUCCCAAUGAUAGUGCGGGUGAAGCAAAUAAGUUAAUGAGAGAUAUACGCACUUUUGAGUUUGUGCUUCACCUUUUCUUGAUGAAAGUCAUAUUGGGGCUCACAAAUGAUGUGUCACAAGCAUUGCAAAGGAAAGAUCAAGAAAUUGUGAAUGCAAUGGCUUUAGUGAAAUCAUGCAAGGAAAAGCUAUAUUGGAUGAGGAAUAAUGGGUUCGAUGCAUUGGUUAAUGAAGCAUCUUCUUUUUGUGACAAACAUCAUAUUGAUGUUCCUAACAUGGAAGAGGCAUAUAUACUUCCAGGGAGGUUAAGGCGUAAUGCUCUAAUAAAGACAAAUCGUCAUCAUUAUCGUGUGGAGCUCUUCAUUUAUGUCAUUGAUGAGCAAAUUACGGAGUUAGAAGAUCGCUUUAAUGAGGUAAAUACCAAGUUGCUUAUUUGUUUGGCUUGUUUGAGUUCGAAAAAUUCAUUUGUAGCUUUUGAUAGACCAAAGUUACUUCGUCUUGCUCAAUUUUAUCCUCAAGACUUUUCGGAUGAGGAUUGUUUGGCACUUGAAGAUCAACUUGAGAUUUAUAUUCAUUAUGUGUGUUCCAGUAGUGAUUUCUCUCAAUUGGAAGGGGUUGGUGAUCUUGCAAAAAAAAGGGUGGAGACAAGGAUGCAUCAAGUAUUCAAUUAUGUGUAUUUGCUCAUUACAUUGUCUUUAAUUUUACCGGUUGCAACUGCUUCAGUGGAGAGGGCAUUUUCUGUCAUGAAUAUUGUUAAGGGUCCACUUCGGAACAAAAUGGGAGAUCAAUGGUUGAGUGAUAGCUUGAUUGUUUAUAUUGAGAGAGAUAUUUUUACUUGUAUUGAAAAUGAAGCUAUAAUGCUACGUUUUCAAAAUAUGAAACAUCGUCGUGGACAAUUAUAG